AUGCACGGCAAUGCAAUGGAGGGAAAUGGGCAACGCGUCGAGAGGUCGAGUGAGGAGAGGAUAGAUGAGGAUGAGGAUGAGGAUGAGGAUGCGAACAAACGAGAGGGAAUAGCAAUUCGUAAUCAAUUACAGAGCUUCAUUUCCACCACCGACCGGGAUCUGACGAGAGAAGAUGGUGUUACAUUGCGCGUGGUGUCUCGCCUUACACAAGCACAAGUACUCUGUGGAGGCUCUCGUACCAUCAUCUUUCAUGUCGUUUCACAACGAAACCACAACGAGAAAAUUCGUGCAACAAUAUCAAAGCACAUCCAGAUGGUAACCUUGCUACUACUGGAUAUGGUUUGA